AUGGUGGAGGAUGUCGAAGUGAAUAUGAAAGACUUCCACAGUGGUGUUUAUUCUUUUCCAAAUCUAGAUAACCACCAAUCAUUCAAUGCACCUGAUGUCACAGUUGAUGAGGAUUUGGAGGUGAUAGAUACACAGUUGUUUGAAUCAGCUGGUGUAGAAGAAGAUAAGAGGAAGAAGUUAAUGAGAAGGGGUGUGGUCUCGGAAAUGACAGGUGGGCCAUGGACAAAAAGUAGAAUCAAAUGCAAGGAAAAAACAGUCAGUUCACAAAAAGUAACAUGCCCUUGGGUGGUAUUAAUUUCUAGAUCUGAUGAAGAAAGCGAUUGGAUGGUGAAAACUUUGGUUCAUGAGCAUAGAUGUGUGCAGUCAAGAUCUAUUAAAGCGUGUACUUCUAAGUUUCUUGCAACCACCGUUCUUCAACAAGUGGAAGGAAACCCAAUUAUCCCAGUCAAAGCUUUGCGUGUAGAGUUACAAAAGAUAUACGAGGUGGGGAUGUCAAGAAUGAAGCAAUACAGCCUUCUCAGGGAUUACGUACUAGAAUUACAACAGUGCAACCCAGGAACAACUGUGAAGAUUGAUGUAUACCGUGAACCAAAUGCAGACUUGGAAACUAGGAUGUUUAAUAGAAUUUAUGUCUGUUUAGGUGCAUUAAAACUGGGUUUUAAGGCAGGUUUAAGAGAUUUUUUAGGAUUCGAUGGGGCUUUCAUGAAGGCACCUUACCCUGGACAGGUUCUCACUGUUGUGGGUCUUGAUUCCAAUAAUGGGAUCUACCUACUAGCAUAUGCCAUAGUUAAAGUCGAGAACAAAAGCUCAUGGAGUUGGUUUCUAGAGUGUCUAGGUGAAGAUUUGGAGCUCUCUACAAAUUCAAACUUCACAUUUAUUUCUGACAAGCAAAAGGGGAUUUUACCUGCCAUUGCCAACCUAUUCCCUAGCGCUGAACACAGGUUCUGUUUAAAACAUAUUCACGAAAACAUGAAGCUACAAUGGAGGGGGAAGGAGCACAAAGAUCAUUUAUGGGAAUGUGCAACAGCAACAACAGUUAGACACUUUGACAGAUUCAUGGAAGAUUUUAACAAGUUCAAUUCAAAGGCAUGUGAUUGGUUAAAGAAAAUUCCACACAAACAUUGGGCCAGAGCACAUAUUUCAGGAAGAGCACAUACAUAUAUUUUGUUGAAUAAUUUAUGUGAAGUUUUCAACCCAAAGUUGUUAGAUGCUCGAGACAAACCUGUAAUUACAUGUUUAGAAUAUAUUAGGGAAUACCUAAUGAAACGAAUUUGUAUUGUGAAAAAUGUGAUAGAUAAGUCUCAAGGGCCACUUACCCCAACAGCCACAAAACUUUUAAAUGGAGUUAAGAAAGAUGCUUCUCAAUACACUUGCAUAUUUAAUGGUUCUGAGAAGACUCAAGUUACUGGGACAAUGGGGGAACAAUUUAUGGUUAAUUGGAGGGACAGGAACUGUAGUUGCAGGCAUUGGGAAAUCACUGGGAUACCAUGCUCUCAUCUUGUUAGUGCCAUUUGGGAUAAGGUUGAGCAUGGGGCAAAAAAUGUCCCACCUCUUGAGGAGUGGGUACAUCCAUGUUAUAGGUUAAGCACAUGGAAUGAAAUGUACAAGUACAAAGUUCAACCAAUCAAUGGAAGAAGUAUUUGGCCAAAGUCAGAUUGCCCCACAACACUAACACCCCCUAAGCAUACUAAACAGGUGGGGAGACCAAAAAAGAAGAGAAAGAGAGCUCAAACCGAAGAACCAAAUAAUCAAGGUAAAAGUUUGACCAGGAAGUUCCUUACAGUUACUUGUAGCAAAUGCAAGAAUAAGGGUCACAACUCUAGGAGUUGCAAGGGACAAGGGGGAAAAAAUGAAGUUAGAAAUGUGGUGGCAGGGGGAAAGAAGCUUAGCAAGGCAAAGAAGCAGGGAGAUGGAAAAAAAGGAGAAACCCAAAAUGAAGGAGAAAACCAAACUUAA